AUGUCGACUUUCUCAAGAACAUCAAGCUAUGGCUAUGGAUACCGAGUUUACAGUAAUUUUCAGAGAAAUCCUUCCUCUUCCACAGUGAUGAAUGCUAACUCUAUCCCAUCAAGGACGAAAAAAGAAUUAUCAAAAGAAAUUCAGAAACUUUCGACUCCUCAUGUUGAAACAUUUAGGCAGAUAAACUUCAAAUUUGACACACUGCAGCCAAUAGAUGAAGUAGCCAUUCGUGAAAACAGAGUCGAGUUUGGGCAGUUUGUGGCACGUGAGGCUCGACUUGAUGAAGAAUAUUGGACAGCAGCAUGGCUACGGGCAGAGAGUCAUUGGGAGGAUAAGGACAAUGACAGAUAUGCCGACAACUACAAAAGGAAAUUUACAGAACAGGCUUUCAAUGAAAUGAAAAAGAGAUGCAGAUCACAACUAGGAGAGAAAUCCACUUGCAUUGUAACGGUAAUGAAAGGAGAAGAAAAUUUCAAACGGACCGUACUAAAGUGUGUCGUUGGAACACUCGACUUAAGCAUCAGAUACUUGUCACAUGGGCAGACAUUUCCAGAGGAACAGGUAAAAGCUCCUUUUUUCUGUCUGAUUGAUCGAAAAGGCUCGAGCAUAUAUGGUUACAUAGCAAACUUGUGCGUAGCAAAAUCAGCACGUGGACAGGGUAUUGCAAGCAGCAUGUUGCAACUUGCUAUCAUGUCUGCAAAACAACAAGGUGCAGAGCAAGUGUUUGUUCAUGUGCAUAGUCAUAACAUCCCUGCUCAACGACUGUAUCAAAAGAUGGGUUUUGAGGUAAUAUCACUUCAUAUGCCCACUCCACUCCGUUGCUUAGCUAAUGGUAUCAAACUGGAUCGACCACCCGACUGUUGCGUCUGGUAG